CGCGGCAGGGACCUCUGCGAGGCGAUGGCGUCCCUCGGCCCGGUGUCUGUCAAGAUCUCGCAGACGCUCUCGCAGAGGCCGGACAUCGUGGGUGACGAGGCGGCGACCGCGCUCAAGCGGCUGCAGACGUGCAACGUGCCCUUCGCGGACCGCCUCGCGUGGGCCGUCGUCAAGGAGUCGCUCGGCUGGGAGGGAGCCAUCGCCCCGGGCGUGGGCGAGGACGAGGGGAGCGACGGCGGCCCCACCCUCUUCGCGGAGAUCACUCCGCAGCCGGUGGCGGCUGCCUCGCUCGGCCAGGUUUACAAGGCGGUCACGCACGAGGGGAGGGAGGUCGCGGUUAAGGUGCAGCGGCCGGACGCGCUGCAGGUGCUCGCGCAGGACUACCUCUGCUUCGUGGUCACGUGGGGCGCCAUCGAGGCGUGGUGGUCGCUGGGCGGCGGCUUCGACAACGGCGACAUCCGUUCGGUGGUCGACCGGGUGGCGGGCGAGGUGCUCGACGAGCUCGACUACGCGAAGGAGGCGCGGAACGGCGACCGGUUCGAGGCGUCGCUCGACUUCCUCGGCUUCGUCGGAACGCCGGUCGUGCUGCCAGAGUACUCGAGCCGGCGCGUGCUCGUGACGGAGUGGGUGCGGGGCGAACACCUCUCGCGGCUGUCGGCCGAAGAGGGCCUCCGCAUGACGCGGAUGGCCGUGGAAGCGUGCACCGCCUCGCUCGUCCUCACCGGGUACGUGCACGCCGACCCGCACGAGGGCAAGCACGUCCUCGGCAACCUGAUGCUCGCCGACGACGGGCGCGUCAUCUUCCUCGACUUCGGGCUCAUGUCGGUCGUCGACUCGCAGAUCAUGGAGGCCUUCGCCUCCGGCAUCCAGGCGGCCCUCUCAGAGGACUGGGUCUCCCUGGCGCAGGCCUUCAAGGACACCGGCUUCGUCAACGACCCCGACUUGGGCCUCGCGCGCUUCUCGCGGGAGCUCGAGGACGCGAUGAGGCGGACCGAGGGCGGCUCGUCGCGCUUCGGCGCCCUCGCCACCGUGCUAAACCAGGAGCUGGCGCCGCGCUGGAAGAUGUUCACGCCUCCGUACAUCCUCCUGCUCAUCCGCACUUUCCUCACCCUCGAGGGCAUCGCUGGCCGGGUCGACCCCGACUUCAACAUCUACGAGAUGGCGAUGCCGUGGGCGAUGCGCCGCUCUCUCUCCCCUGAGAGCGCCGAGGGGGUCGCCGCUCUCCGUUCCACCCUCCUCACCCCCGACAGCCGCGUGCAGUGGGAGCGGCUCCUCCAGCUGGUGGCCGAGGCG